UCAGUACCAAAAGCGGUAACCCCGAGCUACACUCGGGCUUACCAUGCAGCGUUGUUCAGGGAGUCCCUGCAGCGCUUACCUUGUCCUUCGCUCCCCAGCGAUGCGUCCCCUGCAGCUUCCCCGGCCAUCUCCUCCGGCCGAUGCCGGCAUCUGGCUUCUGUGUUCCGGUCCCUGUGACGUCAGGAUGUACGGGCGCCGGAAACCGGUGGCAAAUUUGAAAUUUUUUAAAAAAAAUGUCAUUUUUUUUAAAAAUGAUUAUUACAUAUGCUUUGUCCUGUGCCCUGCCUACAUUUUUACUGUUCUUUCU